CCUGGGUGUUAGUGGACUGGUGUGAGUCACUUCCUGGUUGUUAGUGGACUGGUGUGAGUCACAUCCUGGGUGUUAGUGAACUGGUGUGAGUCACAUCCUGGGUAUUAGUGGACUGGUUUGAGUCACAUCCUGGGUGUUAGUGAACUGGUGUGAGUCACAUCCUGGGUAUUAGUGGACUGGUGUGAGUCACAUCCUGGGUGAUAGUGGGCUGGUGUGGGUCACAUCCUGGGUGUUAGUAGUGUAGGAAGUACUGUAUAUUUUCCAAAAAUGCAGUGUAUUUUGCAUGUAAAUUGAUGGCAUAUAUUGUAGAUAAUAAAAAUUAAUUUGUAUGUGAGGGAAAAGUUCAAUAGAUAGGAGUAGAGACGGAGUAUAUAGUAACAAUAGUUUCAUUGCCGGCUACUUGUUAAGGCAGGGUAAGUCAAGCUCCCACUAUUCCCGCCUUUUUUUCCUUCCCCGAAAGUGAUAGUUUGCUUGCCGGCUACUUGUUAAGGUAGGGUAAGUCAAGCUCCCGCUAUUCCCACCUUUUUUCCCCCACCCCGAAAGUGAUAGCUUGACUGCCAGCUGCUUGUUAAGGUAGGGUCAGUCUUGCUCCAGCUAUCCCUUCCCUUCCUUCUUCCCCCCCCCCCGAAAGGUGACGUGUGGGGCUCCAGUCCAAACAGUAAUCACUAGACUCACAGCUCCCAACACUACUGUAAGUACAUGCCUGCCUUGUAUUCUAGUGGAUUUAUUGGUUAAAAGCUUCACUUUUGGCCAAUAAUAAACUUAGUCCUUUCAGUCUUGCUCUAGGUUGACUGUUGUAAUAAUCACCUCAUCUUUUAGGUAUUGUACUUAUCAUGGAGAGUGAUUUCUUAAGCAGUGGGUAACCUGUCUAUCUUUCCAGCUUGGAUGACAGAGAGGGUCACCUGCCAAUCAACGAGCAGAACUGAUGGAGAUGGACUAACAUCCUGAGACUUCCCCUUUUUGGAUUUAAUUACCUGUGCACCUGUAUGAAAUUGCCGGACGCAACCCCUCAUCAUUGCAGCGGUAAAGGACCUGCUUUCCUGUCAUCGGGAUAGAAUACUCAAGGCUAUACUGUGAAGAACUAGCCAGUGGGUUGUAACUAACACCUGCGACCCCCCCCAUCAUCGGCAAUGGCUACGAUUUCAACACUCAGUGUCACCAACACCAGACACCUCUAUAUAUAUUAGCAUUGAAUUCAGUUAUCAUUUAUAUUUUUCAUUUUUCAUUUUCUUUAAUGUAGGAUUAAUAUUUCAUAUUUAAGUGUUUUAUAUUUUAUAUUUUCUAUAUAAUAAAGUGUUUAUGUUUGUCUGUUAUUAUUUCUUUUUCUAUUCAUUAAUUUUCCUGAGGAGGAGCCAGCCUUGGUAAUACUGUCUGAAGUUAUUACAGGGCUGAGUAAGCCUUCACAUUGUAAAUAAAUAAAGAACGAGCGAUGGGUGAGCAUCGCUGUAGAAGAGACGCCAUUGUUUGGAACUGGCAAAAGUCACGCUUGUGAAAUCUGCAUAAAUUUCUUCACUCUGGAAGUUAAAUUGUGGCUGAAACUUCCCAAAUAGGAGCCGAAAUUGUUAGAUUUGCAGUCCUGCAUAACGUGAGCAUUAAACAGAUGGACAGGAUAGCUUUAGAACCCCAGCUAAGUUGUCUAUGUUGAAAUUCUGGCCAGUAUUUAUUCAUAAUUUAGGCAGGGGGGUUUUGAGUAUGACACACCAUAAUCUCCAGACUAAUUGUGAGUCUUAUUAUUAUAAAUUCUCCUUCAAUGUAUAUGUAUUCACAUUUUAAAUUUAAUAUACAGUCCACAUAUAUAUAUUAAUGUUUUUACCAGAAUUCCUGAUGUAUAUUUCAUUUGAAAUUAAUAUAGGUCCAGAGUGACUUGUGGUGAGAUAGGUUAUCGUAAGUAUCGAAGGACAUUUUUUGCGACCUAAGUGUCCUAAAAUUCCUAGAUGUCUCUGUAACCUUGAUAAAGAAUAAUUAUCUUUGUUACCAUUUACAUCCAGGUAAAUUUAAUUUUCCAAAAGUAGACUGGUUUGGGUGGCAUCCUGGGUGUUAGUGAACUGGUGUCGGUCACAUCCUGGGUGUUAGUGGACUGGUGUGGGUCACAUCUUUGGUGUUAAUGGACUGGUGUGGGUGGCAUCCUGGGAGUUGUAGGUUGUAGGUAAACACUAUGAUGAUAUCAGGUCACUUCUUGGACCACUAAUUACUAGAGUUUACCUAGAGAAGGUUUCGGGGGUCAACGUCCCAGCAGUUCGGUCUGAGACCAGGCCCUAUGGUGGACCAGGAUCUGAUCAACCAGGAUGUUAACCUAAUUUUCAUUAUUCAGUAAGAACCUCGGCAAAAACAUGACUCAGUGACAUUUAGAGUGUCUUUCUGUACACAGCUAUUUAUUUCUACUUACCUUAAGAAAAGAGAGGUGGUACAGAUCUAUGGAUGUGGGAUGAUGUGCUUAUGGUCUACCUGUACCAAAGAUGAAUAUAGGGAAUACAUAUUUGCUCAGUUUACAACUUAAAACGUAACUGCCACAUUGGCAGCAGUAACUUUCACAUUGACAGUUACUGUCACACUGGCAGUAAUAACUGUCACACUGAUAGCAGUAACUAUCACUACAUCUCUCUUGAACUGUCAAAUUGUUGACCAAUGCAAUAUUUUUCCUGUGUUCAAGUUUAGUGCCAGAGGGCUUAUAGGCCUAGGCAAUAUAGAUUGGGUCUCCACAUUCAUUAUGUGCAAUAUUAAAUAUAUAUGUUACUACAUAAUACCCGGUAGAAGCACCAGUUCAACUGAACUUCAGUCAGAACCGCGUGGUAAACCCUCAGGGAUUCACUAAUGCGAAGUCAUUUUUUUUUAUUUUUGGGUCACUUUCAAUGAGAUUUUUACAGUGAUUUAAGCAGCACUUGAAGCCUACACACCGUGUUUGUAUUGGCUUUUUACCUUACAAGAUAGAAUAAAACGAAUUGCCCUUUUCUGUAGGUCAUAAAACUCUCCCUUAUCUAUAAAAUUAGUAAGAUGUACAAUGAUGUAGCUUCUAACAGAUGAAAGAUAUGGGAUAGAUAAUAUUGACGUUAACCUCGUUUGAGCUAAAAUAUCAAUAGAUUGCUUAAUAAAGUAUGUUAAAGUUUAUUAUUUUUGUUAAGGAUUUUUUUUUUGGGGGGGGGGAGAAAAAAUCGCAAUUCCAAUUUACAUGGUAGUAGAGCCAUCAUUACUCAAUAACAUGAGUAAAAAUCAUGACACUCCUAUAAGUACUUUUAGCCAAAAAUGAAAAAUAAUGUCAAUAACUUAUUCCUGAGUUAUACAUAUAUUAUGCAUUCUGUAAAAGUCUGGGAUGAUGGCGCGCCACAUUUCAAUAUAUGGCGCCUUAACACAUGUUGGCAGCCCACAGGCGACUGAGCUGUUAUCACUUACUAAAGUUGAGUGGAGUCCUCAGUGAUGUUGUAAUUUAGUGUAUUUAGAAUGAAACAAUCAUAAAAAUCUUAAUUUUUGGAGGAAAAAAAACACGAAUUCCCAUCAUGUAUUUUUGAUGAUGGCCAGACCAAAAAAAAAUCACAUUUUUGGAAAAACAUACUUAAAAAUAUGACAGAAACAAGCUAAUUACAUCAACAUGUUGCCAGAAUUAUGCACAAUUUUCCUUAUAAUCAUUCGUAAAAAAAUCGCCCCUUCCUUGGAUCUCAGUAAUUACUGGCAUUAAUUUUUUUUUGCAGGGUCUUUUAAUGCAGAAAAUUAACCUCUUUUUUUAAAUCCAAAAAUUCAGUUUUUUUGGUGCACUCGUGGAGAUGCUUUGAACAAUGCCAUGACAAUUAAUGGGUUAAUCUUAUUCAGGGAAAAGACCCAUAAAUAUCUGGCUUCCUAAUGGUUCACAAUAAUGGAACUCAAGUAAAUUACCGAGACAUCUGCAUUUUCUCUUGACCACAUUUGGACAAACAUAACUUCUCUUCUAAUAGCGUAAUAACUAAUAACCCAAAUGAUCAGUACCCAUCAUCUGUUACCAACAUAGCCAAAUCGCCUGGACCCAUCAUGUCACAUAAAGACACCACAACAAUGUUUCAGUGAAUAUUUUCACGUCUAUAAAUACCGCUGAUUGGAAGAGAGAAUUCAGUAAGUCACUUUGGCUGACCUUUUUUUGGGCUAUCCAAGGUUCUAUACACAUACACUGCUAUGUAUGAUAAUCUAUGUAACUGUAUUUGUGUAUACCUGAAUAAACUUACCAAGAUAUUCACUCGUGUCCAAGUUUGCUUAAGAAAUUGAAUGCCUCCAUUGGAAACUAGCCCUUAUAACCAAAUAAGUUAUAGCAAAAAUAUCAAAUAGCCUUUGGCUAAGCAACAUCCUCCAUGCAGUCUUUGACAAGAGAACGGUAUUAAUUCCCAAAGAAUUCUUUAAUAUAUAUACUUAUUCCUUACUCUUCUCAUGAAGAAAUCUUAAGUUAGACACAUGUGCAACUCUUGGGUAUCUUUAUUGAAGAAACGUUUCGCCACACAGUGGCUUCAUCAGUCCAUACAAAGGAUAAUCCAUACAAAGGUAAUCAGUCCCUCAGCCUUGAGUCGAUGUGGUCAGUCCAUCACCAGUCCACUAACACCCAGGAUGUGACCCGCACCAGUCCAGUAACACCCAGGAUGUGACCCACACCAGUCCAAUAACACCCAGGAUGUGACCCACACCAGUCCUCUAACACCCAUAAUGUGACCCACAUCAGUCCACUAACACCCAGGAUGUGACCCACACCAGUCCACUAACUCCCAGUACCCAUUUUACUGAUGGGGGAACAUUAGAAAACUGGUGUAAAGAAACACACCCAGUGUUUUAUCCUCGCUGGAAAUCGAACCCAGACCCUUGCCGUGUGAAGCGAGAGCUUUAGCCACUAAGCCAUGGGGCACAAUAGUCACUUAGGUAGGCAUAAAAUAAAUAGUAAGCAACCCUAGUAACAAAACCUGUGUUGCAGGUCAGAAAACUAUCAACACUACACACACACUGGGCCUCACUCAGAAACAUAGGCAAGAUGCAGCCUCUGGAUAUCAUCAAGGGAUACUUCGGAGCCAAGGUGGCUCUCUACUUCUCCUGGCUAGGCUUCUACACUAGCAUGUUAAUCCCAGCUUCUCUUGUCGGAGUCUUGUGUUUCAUCUACGCUCUGGCCACCGUCCAUCACCAUCAACCCAGUAAUGAUAUAUGUGACGCUGGUCAGAACGUCACAAUGUGUCCACUAUGUGACUACCACUGUGACUUCUGGAAGCUGGAAGCUGCCUGCUACCCUGCCAAGCUCUCUUACCUGGUCGACAACCCUGCCACUGUCUUCUUUGCUGUCUUCAUGUCUCUGUGGGCCAAGAUCUUCUUGAAGUUAUGGAAGCGAUACUCAGCAGAGAUCAGCCACCGAUGGGACCUGACGGACUACAAUAUGAGAGAGGAGCCUCCGAGAGCCGAGUACCUAGCUAAGCUAAAGGACGUAGGAACUCGUCCCAACGCAGUCACUGGCUACCCCGAGCCUUAUCCACCCUUCUGCAGGAUGAGGUUCCCUAGGAUUGUCCUUAGCGUCUCCACUGUUCUCCUACUGGUUAGUGGUGAUGGUUUAAGUGGCGUAAUCUUGCUGUCAGUGGGUAUGGCUGGGGUGAUUUUUUUAUCGCUGUCAGUGUCCGCCGCCCCAAUCUUCCGUCACAGAACUCCUAAUUCUCCCGAUCCUGCCGUGUUUUCCUCCAUCACAGCCUCGUUGAUCAACUUGUUCUGCAUCACCAUAUUCAACAUGGUGUACACAAGAGUUGCUGUAAGACUGACGGAAUGGGAACUUCACAGAACACAGACGGAACACGAGGACUCCCUCACACUCAAAAUGUACUUACUACAGUUUGUCAACUAUUACUCCUCCAUCUUCUACAUAGCGUUCUUCAAGGCUACCUGGCCUGGAUACCCAGGCGACUACAACCGCAUCUUUGGUUUCCGCAAGGAAGAGUGUGAGCCUGGAGGCUGUCUGAUUGAACUAUCGGUGCAGUUGGCCACAAUAAUGAUCGGGAGACAGGCCAUCAACGCUGCCCUGGAAAUGGGUGUUCCAGUUGUCCGUAGCUGGUGUAACAAAAUGACUUUACACUCUCCCAAGCAACCCUUCAAUGUUCUCUGGCCACAGUGGGUCAAGGACUUCUAUCGCAUCAACUGUGACUCCCGAAGCCUCUUCUUUGAGUAUUUGGAGAUGGUAUUGCAGUUCGGGUUUGUAACGAUCUUCGUGGCAUCAUUCCCGCUGGCUCCAGUGUUCGCAUUGGUCAACAACUUGCUGGAAACCCGCCUGGAUGCCAGCAAGUUUAUCAGGCACUACAGAAGACCAGCACCACACCGCGGCAGAGAUAUUGGUGUUUGGCUGAAGAUACUUGACACCGUCAGUAAUAUCGCAGUAGUUAGCAAUAGUUUUAUCAUCGCCUUCACGUCCAACUUCAUCCCAGAGACUGUGUACCGCUACACCGUGUCCAGCGAUGGCUCACUACGAGGCUUCCUACAGAACUCUUUGGCGUACUUCUCCGUAAUGGAUUUCCCCGCGCCCUAUAGACCACAAAAUGCACAGAGCCACCUCUUCUGCCGAUACCGGGCGUACCGGAGGGCAGGAGGGCAGGAGGAUGAGUACCAACACACACACUUGUACUGGAUCAUCCUUACAUCCAGGCUCGUCUUCGCUCUUGUGUUCCAGAACACUGUGUUCGGUCUUACCAUCAUGGUAGAGUGGGUCAUCUCGGAUAUACCAAGCAGUCUCAAGGAACAGAUUCAAAAAGAAUCACAUGUGGCGAAUAAACUGAUUAUGGAAGAAGUGUGUGUGAGAGGUGUCAGGGCUGGUUAUCCCCUGGCUGAUGGCAGUGGUCGUCCACACGGACCUAGUGAGAGGGAUACAUGUCAUUGUGAGUGGUAA